GCGUGAAGCCCGCCCACAUUCCGGAAGAGCUUGUUCGGGGCGUGGGUCCGCUGGUCCCCGCGUGUGUGAUCGCCGUGCUGCGGCUUGGAAGUAGAGAGGUGCUAAGGUCGCGGCGCUGGAGACCCAAAUAUGGCAACCAUGGAAGAAAGCUUCCCCCGAGGGGGUACAAGAAAAACCCACAAAUCAGAGAAAGCUUUCCAGCAGUCAGUUGAACAAGACAACUUAUUUGAUAUUUCUGCUGAAGAGGAAUCUACCAAAAGGAAAAAGAGCCUGAAAGGGCCAGCAAAAACAAAAAGAUUGAAAAUCGAAAAGAGAGAAAGAAGCAAGUCUGUAAGAGAGAAGUUUGAAAUCCUUAAUAUUGAGUCCCUAUGUGAGGGGAUGCGGAUUUUGGGUUGUGUAAAAGAGGUAAAUGAACUGGAAUUGGUGAUCAGUCUCCCUAAUGGCCUCCAGGGGUUUGUACAAGUGACUGAAAUCUGUGAUACUUACACCAAAAAACUGAAUGAACAGGUGGCACAAGAAGAACCUCUGAAGGACCUGGUGGGCUUGCCUGAACUCUUCUCACCUGGGAUGCUGGUGAGAUGUGUGGUGAGCAGUCUGGUCGUCAAAGAGAAGGGCAAAAGGAAUGUCAGACUCUCUCUCAACCCUCAAAAAGUCAAUAAAGUGCUGAGUGCUGAGGCCCUGAAGCCUGGCAUGCUGCUUACAGGCACCGUGUCCAGCCUGGAAGACCAUGGCUACCUAGUGGACAUUGGUGUUGGUGGGACCAGAGCUUUUCUGCCACUGAAGAAUGCCCAGGAGUAUAUCCGACAGAAGAACAAAGGUGCUAAGCUGAAGGUGGGUCAAUACCUGAACUGCGUCAUUGAAAAAGUGAAAGGCAACGGAGGAGUUGUUAGUCUGUCUAUUGGUCAUUCAGACGUUUCUGUUGCCAUUGCCACUGAAGAGCAAAACUGGACCCUUAACAACUUGCUACCAGGAUUGGUGGUCAAAGCCCAGGUGCAGGAGGUGACUUCUUUUGGCCUUAAGCUAAACUUCCUCUCACAUUUCACUGGUCUGGUGGACUUCAUGCAUCUGGAUCCCAAGAAAGCUGGGACGUAUUUCUCAAAUCAAGCAGUAAGGGCCUGCGUCCUCUGUAUCCAUCCUCAGACAAAAGUUGUACGGCUGAGCGUGCGCCCCACAUUCCUGCAGCCUGGGCGCCCACUCACCAGGCUCUCCUGCCAGCACUUGGGAGCUGUGCUGGAUAACGUUACUGUCCAGGGCUUUUUCAACAAAGUUGGUGCCACCUUUAAGCUGAAGGAUGGGUCUCUGGCCUUUGCUCGGCUCAGCCAUCUCUCUGAUUCUAAGAACGUCUUCAAUCCUAAAACCUUCAAGCCAGGGAAUACUCACAAGGGUAGAAUCAUUGACUUCAGCCAAAUGGAUGAAUUGGCUUUGCUCUCUUUGCGGACAGCUAUUAUUGAAGCUGAAUACUUCAGGUAUCAUGACAUUAAUCCUGGGGCAUUGGUCAAGGGCACAGUGGUGACCAUCAAGUCAUGUGGGAUGCUGGUGAAGGUGGGCGAGCACAUUAGGGGCUUGGUACCUACCAUGCACCUUGCUGACAUCCGGUUGAAGAAUCCAGAGAAGAAGUACCACGUUGGGGAUGAGGUCAAGUGCCGGGUUUUGCUUUGUGACCCUGAUGCCAAGAAACUGUUGCUGACCCUGAAGAAAACCCUCGUUGGGUCCAAACUACCUGCCAUUACCUCCUAUGCUGACGCCAAGCCUGGUCUGCAGACACACGGCUUCAUCCUCAGGGUCAAGGACUACGGCUGCAUUGUGAAGUUCUAUGGCGAUGUGCAGGGACUGGUGCCCAAGCAUGAGCUCAGUGCCGAGUCUAUCCCUGACCCGGAGAACGUCUUUUACACUGGCCAGGUGGUGAAGGUUGCUGUGUUGAACUGUGAGCCGUCCAAAGAGAGGAUGCUCUUGUCCUUCAAGCUGUUGAGUGAUCCAAAGAAAGAGCACGUGGAACACAAUCAGAAGAAGAGAGCCAUUAGCACUGGGCAGUUGGUGGAUGUGAAGGUUUUAGAGAAGAACAAAGAUGGGUUAGAGGUGGCUGUCCUGCCCCACAACAUACCUGCUUUCCUCCCCACGCCUCAUCUAUCAGACCAUGUCGCCAAUGGCCCACUGUUGCUUCACUGGAUCCAGGCAGGCGAUACCCUUCACAGAGUACUGUGUCUGAGCCAGCGUGAGGGACAUAUUCUCCUUUGCAGGAAACCAGCUUUGGUCUCCACAGUAGAAGGUGGCCAGGAUCCUAAGAGCUUCUCAGAGAUCCAUCCUGGAAUGCUGCUCAUGGGUUUUGUGAAGAGCAUCAAGGACUACGGUGUGUUCGUCCAGUUCCCCUCAGGUCUUAGCGGACUGGCCCCUAAAGCUCUCAUGAGUGAUAAGUUUGUGACCUCCACAAGUGACCACUUUGUCGAAGGACAGACAGUGGUUGCUAAGGUGACCAAUGUGGACAAGGAGAAGCAGCGGAUGCUAUUAUCACUGCGGCUGUCAGACUGUACUCUGGAGGACAUGGCUACCACAAGUCUCCUCCUCCUCAGCCAGUGCCUGGAGGAGCUGCAGGGUGUGCGCAGCCUCAUGAGCAACCAAGACUCUGUGUUGAUCCAGACACUGGCAGAGAUGACCCCAGGGAUGGUGCUUGACCUGGAGGUGCAGGAGGUGUUAGAAGAUGGCUCUGUAGUGUUCAGUGAGGGCCCAGUGCCUGGCCUGACCCUGAGAGCCAGCAGGCACCAUCGGGCAGGGCAGGAGGUAGAACCUGGGCAGAAAAAGAAGGUUGCAAUCCUAAAUGUUGACAUGUUGAAAUUGGAAGUACAUGUUUCCCUCUGCCACAGCUUGGUGAACAGAAAAACUAAAAAGCUGAAGAAAGGCAAAGAAUACCAGGCAAUUGUGCAGCACCUGGAGGAGUCCUUUGCUGUUGCCUCCUUGGUAGAGACUGGCCACCUGGCAGCCUUCUCCCUGACCUCUCACCUCAAUGACACCUUUCGCUUUGACUCAGAGAAGCUGCAGGUGGGACAGGGUGUUUCCCUCACCCUCAAGACUACAGAACCGGGAGCAACUGGUCUUCUUUUGGCUGUUGAGGGGCCAGCUACUAAGAGGACUAUGAGACAGACCCGGAAGGACUCUGAGACGGUUGAGGAGGAUGAGGAGGUGGAUCCAGCUCUGGUUGUAGGGGCUGUGAAGAAGCACACCCUGUCCAUUGGGGAUAUCGUCACAGGGACAGUCAAGUCCAUUAAGCCCACACAUGUGGCUGUGACCCUGGAAGAUGGCAUCAUUGGCAGUAUCCAUGCCUCCAACAUUCUCGACGAUGUUCCAGUGGGCACCUCUCCUACUGCCAACCUAAAAGUUGGGAACACAGUCACUGCCCGAGUGAUUGGCGGGCGAGACGUGAAGACAUUCAAGUUUCUACCAAUAAGUCAUCCCAGAUUUAUUCGAACCAUCCCAGAGCUGAGUAUUCGGCCAAGUGAGCUGGAGAAGGAUGGCCACACUGCUCUCAGCAUUCCCUCUGCCAGCCCCUUGGAGAAGAUUAAACAGUACCAGACUGGUCAGACUGUGAUUUGCUUCUUGAAGAGGUACAACGUGGUUAAGAAAUGGCUUGAGGUGGACAUCGCUCCAGAUAUCCGGGGGAGAAUUCCCUUGUUGCUCACUUCUCUUAGCUUCAAGGUUCUGAAACAUCCAGAUAAGAAGUUCCAGAUUGGUGAGGCACUGAAGGCCACCGUGGUUGGCCCAGAUUCCUCCAAGGCCUUCUUGUGUCUGUCACUCAUAGGUCCUCACAAGCUUAAGAAAGGGGAAGUAGCCAUGGGCCGGGUGGUGAAAGUGACUCCCAACGAGGGACUGACUGUGUCCUUCCCCUUUGGGAAGACUGGAAAAGUCAGUCUAUUUCACAUGAGUGACUCCUACUCAGAAGCAGCCCUGGAAGACUUUACCCCCCAAAAGAUUGUCAGGUGUUAUGUCCUGUCCACAGCAGGCCAUGUACUCACUUUGUCUCUGCGAUUGUCCAGGACAAACCCAGAGACAAAAAGCAAAAUAACAGAUCCUGAAAUUAGCUCCAUCCGAGACAUACAGAAAGGACAGCUCUUGAGGGGCUAUGUGAAGGCCAUCGAACCCCACGGCGUGCUCUUGAGCCUUGGCCCCUCUGUUGUGGGUUUGGCCCAGUACCCACACGUCUCCCAGUAUAGCCUGUCUAAGAAAGUGCAUUAUAACAGAUACCUCCCUGAAGGGAAGCUGCUCACAGCCAAGGUCCUAAGGCUGAACCACCAGAAGAACCUGGUAGAGUUGUCAUUCCUCCCCAGCGACACUGGGAAGCCGGACGUGUUUCCUGCCUCCCUGGGACUGCCACUCCUAAGGCACGGGGAGAGGAGAGUGGAGGCAGAAGAGGAGAGAGAGCAAAAGGGAGAAGAGGAGGAGGAGGAGAAUGAGAAGAGGAAAGAGAAGCAGCUGAGAAGGGGGCAGGAGAUGAAGCGACCCAGCAGGGAGAAGAAAGAGCCCCCGGAACCACGGGAAAGGAGGCAGGGCAAGCGCUCGCGCGCGGAGUCUGGAAGUGAACAGGACAGGGUGAACAAGAAGCAGAAGAAGGCUGCCCCGUCUGAAGAGGACGACAGUGGUGUCGAAGUGUAUUAUCGGGAAGGAGAAGAGGAGGCAGAAGAGUUGCUUGUGCCGCCCAAGGAGAAGCAGAGCAGGCCAGCGGAAGUGCCCCGUCUGCAGCUGUCUUCUGGCUUUGUUUGGGACGUGGCGCUAGACUCUCUGACCCCGGCCUUGCCACCUCGGGGAGAGAGCUCAGACAGCGAGGACGAGGAGAAGCCACAGCAAGCCAUGAAGAAAAGCAAGAAGGAAAGGGAACUGGAGAAGCAGAAGGCAGAGAAAGAGCUGUCCCGCAUGGAGGAGGCGCUGAUGGAUCCGGGGCGACAGCCAGAGUCAGCGGAUGAUUUCGACAGACUCGUGCUGAGCUCCCCCAACAGCUCCAUCCUUUGGCUGCAGUACAUGGCCUUCCAUCUACAGGCCACAGAGAUCGAGAAGGCCCGGGCCGUGGCUGAGAGGGCUCUCAAGACCAUCUCCUUCAGAGAAGAGCAGGAGAAACUGAACGUGUGGGUGGCACUGCUGAACCUGGAGAACAUGUAUGGCUCUCAGGAGUCACUGGCCAAGAUCUUCGAGCGUGCCGUGCAGUAUAAUGAGCCUCUCAAGGUCUUUCUCCAUCUGGCUGACAUCUACACCAAGUCAGAGAAAUUUCAGGAAGCUGGUGAACUCUACAACCGAAUGCUGAAGCGUUUCCGGCAGGAGAAAGCUGUCUGGAUCAAAUAUGGGGCCUUCCUUCUGCGGAGGGGCCAGGCUGGAGCCAGUCACCGUGUGAUGCAGCGCGCCCUCGAGUGCUUGCCAACUAAAGAGCAUGUGGAUGUGAUUACCAAGUUUGCCCAGCUGGAGUUCCAGCUGGGCGAUGCAGAGCGGGCCAAAGCCAUUUUUGAGAACACACUCAACACUUACCCAAAGCGUACAGACGUCUGGUCCGUCUACAUUGACAUGGUCAUCAAGCACGGCAGCCAGAAGGAAGUUCGGGACAUCUUCGAGCGGGUCAUCCACCUGAGCCUGGCCCCCAAGAGAAUGAAAUUCUUCUUCAAGCGUUACCUGGACUACGAGAAACAGCAUGGCACAGAGAAGGACGUGCAGGCAGUAAAGGCAAAGGCCCUGGAGUACGUGGAGGCUAAGAGCUCCGUGUUGGAGGACUAGAGGCAGGCCGGCUCCAGACGGCCCGACCUUAGGCACCUAGGCUGUAGAAGAGCUGUUGCCUGAGGACUCUAUUUAAGUGCUGCUUUUUCUGCAGUACCCUUGGGGGGAAUCCUAUGUAUAAAAAUGAGUUUGCUAUUUCUUACAAUUCCUUUUUGCUUGUUUCAUUUAAGUAUCCAUUCAGUUCGUCCAUUUCCUUUUCUGAGGCUGUACAGUCGUUGCAGGUAGCAGCCCAUGGGCUCCCAAAGAAGCCGAGUCUUCCUUUAUGGUAGUUCCCUAGGGAACAGGAACGGAGGGGCUGACUCCUGACAGGCCAUCUUGUGUUGGGAUCCCACUUUGGCUCUGACAGGCUCUUGUUCCAGGCAGAGCCUGUCUCAGCGAGUACUUGUACGUUUUGGGGAAGCUGUGAGGUGGGGUUAGGGGGACAAAGGCUGAGUCCAGAAGGGAAAAUUGGGGGAUCUGGAUGCCUGAGAAAAGCCCCAGGGGAUUAAACUCCUGGGUCUGUCUCCUCCUAGACCCUCCAUGACCAGAUUACCCAGCCUCUCCCUUGUAAAAUGCGGUUAAAAAGUCCUGCCUUGAAAGGUGGUUUUGUGAAUUAAACAAGAACCUGUAUGUUGUUUGCCGCCACCGCCUAGCAGGUGGGAGGCUCUGUGAGGAUCUUGACCACAUGCUGGGUGACACUGGGGAGAACCCACAGUUCUCUCCCCUUAAUCUCCUCUGGGCAGAGGUUGCUGGGUCUGGGCAUUGGUUCCUUGAGCCCUGAUGGAGAGGGGACUAGUCAGGUCAUCAUACAUUCCAGCAGCCAUUGUAAAGUACCCAGGACAGUCUCACUGCCUCCUUUGAUAAGUAAUAUCUUAUCAGAGUUCUUUGAGGCCAGCUCACACCCAACUAGUUGAUGAAACCAUUCCUCUCUGGCUUCAUUUUGAGGGAAUUAAAAAUUUUCUCUGGCAGAGCUUUAAAUAUUCUGAGGACUGGAAAGCUUUUCUAUGGGAAAUAACUGAGUCCGUCCCUGCAGACAGAUGGGGACAGAGGAGACCAUUAAAAGGCUUUCGAGGUGGUAGAGGCCUUUAGCUAAGGAUGGGCUGGGAAGGAGGGGAAGCUGGGGCAGUCUAGUUCUUGGACUGUAGCAUUAGGUUAUAGGAGUUAGGCUGCCUUACUGAGUGCAGGGUCUUCUGUCUUGUGAAAUGGAAGCUGAGCUUCCCUUUGAGAAAGACCAGUCUCCAUCUGUUACCUGGCUCUCCCUGCACCCCUACCCUCCCUGCAGUGACCUCUGAGCUUCUCUG